UUUGCAGCAAUACGCGCCGUCCGUCUUCGAGAAGUACACGACCAGCGUAACGGUGGGCAAAAAGGAGGUCACCCUGAAUUUGUACGAUACCGCAGGGCAGGAGGACUACGAUCGGCUACGACCACUUUCUUACCAGAACACAAACGUCGUGUUAAUUUGUUACGAUGUCAUGAACCCCACUAGCUAUGAUAACGUAGCAGCUAAGUGGUAUCCUGAAGUGAAUCACUUCUGCCGAGGCGUUCCGCUCGUACUGAUUGGGUGCAAGACAGACCUUCGGAAAGACAAAGAACAGCUGCGCAAGCUCAGGGCCUCUAAGCAGGAACCCAUUACUUACAACCAGGGUGAAGCAGCUUGUCAGCAGAUUAAUGCAGAAGUUUAUCUGGAGUGCUCAGCAAAAUGUCGUGAAAACAUAGAAAAGGUUUUUAAAGAAGCAACUACCAUCGCACUGAAUGCCAUGAAAAAAGCCAAGCGCCAAAAAAAACGGACAGUGUGCUCAGUGUUAUGAUCUGGACUGCAAGACAGCAUUGACUGCGUGAGAGCCAAGCGAUGAUUUUUAAAACAGUAUAACUUGAAAGACUUUUUUUUUUUUUUUCUUUUGCUUGUAUUCCUAGAACAAUUUUUAUUUUAAAAUUUUAAUUAUUUUUAGUAUUUUGCACUUUUCUUGCACUGUUCUCACAAAGUUUUCAAAGCUCUUUAUCAAGGUUAACUGAUACCGCAUGCCUUUGUCCAUCUGGCUUUUGCUCCUCACUGCCAACAACCACCAGUCAGGUCUUGACUCACUAUUUAAACUGCAGUGAAGAGCAACUGCUACUAAAUGACUUGAUUAGUGGGGUUUUCUUCCUCUGCAAAAUACCU